GCGCGCGGGGCAGGCUGGGGGAACAUGGCCGCUUCCGGUCUCGCUCUCGGGCUGGCGCGGGACUGACAGCCGCUGCGGCCCCGUGCGCUCCGCUUCCCCGACUCUGCGUCUCUCGCCCGCGGCCGCGCAGGGUUCAGCGGCCUCCCGUCCUCGCGCCAUGGAGAAGAGCUCGAGCUGCGAGAGUCUCGGCGCGCAGCCCCCCGCGGCACGGCCGCUCAGUGAGGACUCACUGUCCAGUUAAUGUGUUAGGAGCCAUUGACAUUUGAAGAUCAUCAGAAGUGAAGAUAAAAGAUCUCAAAAAUUAUAAUUGCUUCUACUUCUCAUUCAGAGAAUUCGGUGCAUACGAAAUCAGCUUCUGCUGUAUCUUCAGAUUCCAUUUCAACUUCAGCAGACAACUUCUCUCCUGAUUUAAGGGUCCUGAGGGAGUCAAAUAAAUUAGCAGAAAUGGAGGAACCAACCCUGCUUCCAGGAGAAAACAUUAAAGACAUGGCCAAAGAUGUGACUUACAUAUGUCCCUUCACCGGAGCCGUACGAGGAACACUAACUGUCACAAACUACAGAUUAUAUUUCAAGAGCAUGGAGCGGGACCCCCCAUUUGUUCUAGAUGCUUCUCUUGGAGUGAUAAGUAGAGUAGAAAAAAUUGGUGGUGCAUCUAGCCGAGGUGAAAACUCUUAUGGCCUGGAGACCGUGUGCAAGGAUGUCAGGAAUUUACGAUUUGCUCAUAAACCAGAGGGACGAACGAGAAGAUCCAUAUUCGAGAAUCUAAUGAAAUAUGCAUUUCCUGUGUCCAACGGCUUGCCUCUUUUUGCUUUUGAGUAUAAAGAAGUGUUCCUUGAAAAUGGAUGGAAAUUGUAUGACCCCCUUCUAGAGUACCGAAGGCAGGGGAUUCCAAACGAAAGCUGGAGAAUAACUAAGAUAAAUGAACGCUAUGAACUGUGUGACACAUACCCUGCCCUCCUGGUUGUGCCAGCAAACAUUCCUGAUGAGGAGCUAAAGAGAGUAGCAUCUUUCAGGUCACGGGGCCGGAUUCCGGUUUUAUCAUGGAUUCAUCCUGAAAGUCAAGCCACAGUCACUCGGUGCAGUCAGCCCAUGGUGGGAGUGAGUGGGAAGCGCAGCAAAGAGGACGAGAGGUACCUUCAGGCCAUCAUGGACUCCAACGCCCAGUCUCACAAAAUAUUUAUAUUUGAUGCUCGGCCAAGUGUCAAUGCUGUUGCCAAUAAGGCAAAAGGGGGAGGUUAUGAAAGUGAAGAUGCCUACCAAAAUGCAGAACUUGUUUUUCUGGAUAUUCACAAUAUUCAUGUUAUGAGAGAAUCAUUACGAAAGCUUAAGGAGAUUGUAUACCCCAACAUUGAGGAAACUCACUGGUUGUCUAAUUUGGAAUCUACACACUGGCUGGAACACAUUAAGCUCAUUCUUGCAGGGGCUCUUCGGAUCGCUGACAAGGUGGAGUCAGGGAAGACAUCUGUAGUGGUGCACUGCAGUGAUGGUUGGGAUCGCACAGCUCAGCUAACUUCCCUGGCCAUGCUCAUGCUGGAUGGAUACUACCGAACAAUUCGAGGAUUCGAGGUCCUUGUGGAGAAAGAGUGGCUAAGCUUUGGACAUAGAUUCCAACUAAGAGUUGGCCAUGGAGAUAAGAACCAUGCAGAUGCAGACAGAUCACCUGUUUUCCUUCAGUUUAUUGACUGUGUCUGGCAGAUGACAAGACAGUUCCCUACUGCGUUUGAAUUCAAUGAAUAUUUCCUCAUUACCAUUCUGGACCACUUGUACAGCUGUUUAUUUGGGACAUUCCUCUGUAACAGCGAACAGCAGAGGGGGAAAGAGAAUCUUCCUAAGAGGACAGUGUCAUUAUGGUCCUACAUAAACAGCCAGCUGGAAGAUUUCACCAAUCCUCUAUAUGGAAGCUACUCCAAUCAUGUCCUUUACCCAGUAGCCAGCAUGCGUCACCUUGAACUCUGGGUAGGAUAUUACAUAAGGUGGAACCCCCGGAUGAAACCACAGGAGCCCAUCCACAGCAGAUACAAAGAACUUCUUGCCAAAAGAGCAGAGCUUCAGAGAAAAGUCGAGGAACUUCAGAGAGAAGUUUCCAACCGCUCAACCUCCUCCUCAGAGAGAGCCAGCUCUCCUGCACAAUGUGUGACUCCGGUUCAAACUGUUGUAUGAAAGGACAGGGGCCUCAUUGCUAGGAACUCUACAGCACCUUACGGGUAGAAAGCCUUCCGUGUUUUAAACCCAUCUAUGGGAGAACCUUCAGAUGCUGUAUUUAUUUCAAGUCUCUCUUAGAUGAGUUUAGAAACCUCUGGUGCAGGUGACAAUGGAAAUCAUUUCAUUUGUAAUUAAAGUAUGACACUAACUUAAGUCACCUAAAGAAUACUAAAGUAUUGGAGUCCUAUUUCCACAGUGGGAACACGCUUUUAAUUUUAAAAUGUCUUAAAAAAAAAACUGAGUAUCUGGUAAGAUCUCUAGGUGGGAGAAAAGAGCAGCUACUUUAAUACCAAGAGCAUAUGUUCUGGGCCUUCAUGUCAAAUUCUACUCCCUUCUCAAUUUCCCAUUUUUUGUGGUAUUUAAUAUAGUAAAGAAGCAUUGUCUUGAUAUUAUUAUGGCAUGUCAAUUGUUAAAAAUUGCUGCUGACAUUGUAACUAGGGUAUUUUCAACAGCAGUUAGGAAAUAAUGAUGCCUUAUAUAUGUGCUUUGCGGGGAUGAGGGGACAAAGCAGUAGCUGUUAUCCAGGAAUUCAAAGAAUAUUCCACACCCUUCAGAUUAAUUUACAUUUCUAUGUUGAUCACUAACAUCACGGAAGACAUUUUAGAAACUAUUACUCUAUCUUAAUGCUAAUUGGCAAGUUUUAAAACAGUAUUUUAAAACCUUAAAAGUCUGACUAUAGUGCUAUGCUUAAAUUUCACAUGAACAGUUUACCAAAGAACACACUGCAUGUAAAGAAUUACAAUCCAAGUACCAGCAAGUAAAGCCUUUUUUCUCUAUUUACCUGAGUUAGGUGCUGGUGUGAACAACUGACCUCCUGGUAUCUAUUUUACUCUGUAUAAGAGCCAUAUGUAAUGUACUGUAAGAAAGGAGCUUAUUACCACUUGGUCUUUUAAUUAAAUGACUUCAAACUUUGUCCUUGUCCACAGUUGUCUAAGGUAUCUCUUCCAACCACACUCCCAAAAUGUUACCUAGAAAUGUUUGAGCCCACCUGUCCUUGACACCUGAAUCAAACUAUAAAAACAACCCUAAUCUCAGUCACUCAGUCAUUAUUGUCUGAACUGUCCUCAUUCUGUUUUUGAUGCUGGGCUAGUACAACACACAUAUAUGCACAAAGGUCUUCCUAUCCCUCUUUUGUUUUUGCUUGUCUGGACAUUGAAUCUGGAGCCUCACACUUGCGAGGCAAGUGCUGUGCUACUGAGCUAUAUCCCCGGUAUGCCCAGUAUUAACAAAAUUGAUACCAAAUGAUUUGGUUUGAUAUAAAAUUAGUUAUAAGAAAAUUUUUAGGAGGUAUUUAUGUUACUAACAGUAUUCAAAAUACUUUUAUCAUCUUGAUAUGGCACAAAGGGAUGCAGAUGGAAUCCAGACAUUAAAGCUGAUCGUACAAUCACUCAAAAGUCAGAGGAAUAUAAGUGAAACUCUGUUAUGUUUCCCUUCAAAACCUCCUGAUGUCUUCUAUGGCCUCCAAGAAAGCUUCGAUGCGGAGUGUACACACUAAAAGCACUCCCUGUGGAGCCCAACUGCACUCCUGGCACUCCUUUCUUACUCAGCAUAGCAUCCAUGCUGGCAUCUUGUACAGACAGAGUACAAAGGAGCUCUGCAAUGAGUGAGCGAACAAGAAAAUCAAGGAGUCAAAACCCAAAGCCCUACAGUUUGGAUCCAGCUAGAGAUAGUUGUGUUGCACGACACAAGAGACUGUGUUAUGAAGCUGGGCCCCUUGACACCUGCUAGUAAUGGCAACAUCAGCAAGCAUGAAACCUGGAAAGUAUUGUCACUGUCCAGUAAGGUACAUCAUUUAUGAUCUGGUGUCAGUAAUCCCAACACAGGUUACUGCUUUGCAGUGAAUUCUGUAUGGUUUGCAUUUCCUUCAAUAACUGAAGAUUUUUCCUGCUUUUUUCUCCAGGUCUCUGUUUGGCAAGAUCCUUCUUACUUGUGGUCCUUGUGACUCCAGAUGAACGAUUGCUGCUGUUUCCUUCUUCAUCAAGAGUCUUUUUGUUAGGUUUUAAUUCUUUCUUCUGCUUAUCUAUGUUUUGUUUCUCCAGCUAUCCAAAUGAUCAAGACAGGGAAAAAAAAAUCAAAUUCAAUAAAAACAUUUUCUUUUA